AGAAACACUGGUUUAGUGUGUGGGCAAGACGGGACUCCAUAUUUUCUCUGCCGGCCUCCGUCAACGUCGUCGUCACGUUUCCCCGGUUUGGUUUUCUGCUGGCGUCUAAUCUCGCGUUUUUAGCAUCCCUGCAAACGCGGUUGCGCGAAAGGAAGCGGAAGUGGCGUAAUUUACCGAGCCAAUGAGCAAGCAGAACGCAAAUCGCAACGCGAUCGUAGCGUGUUUUUAUCCGUCCGUCCAUUAAUGUGAACCGCGUAUCCUGCUCUCAGGGUCGCGGGGGUGUUUCUAUCUUCUUUUUUUUUUAAUUUCAUUUUUACUUUAUUAUUAUUCGUGGAGGUAGCGAGGUGGUCUUCGGACAUACCGAAACGUCAUUCGCGGAAUCCGAUGUGGUGGCGCCGUCUCGGGAUCCACAUAACGUGAAGUCGCGUCGCUGUGCGGCGCACGUGACCAGAGAAGAUGUGUUCCGCGUCCGCCUCGAGUUGUCCGACCGUCCCACUUUCCAACGGCCUGCACAUUCCCAUUCUUGGAUUAGGCACGUCACACACGGGGGGAUACUCUCACGAUGCCAUUGUGCAUGCACUGCGUGACUGCGGUGUGCGCCACAUUGACACGGCAAAGCGAUAUGGCUGUGAGACAAAACUGGCACAAGCCAUCAAAGAAAGUACUGUACCCCGAAGUGAGCUGUGGCUCACCAGUAAACUCUGGCCAGGGGACUAUGGACAUGAGUCGGCAAAGAAGGCCUGCCUCGAAUCCUGCUCCCGGAUGGGCGUGGAGUAUCUCGACCUGUACCUGAUGCACUGGCCAGACUGCAUGCAGCCUGGUCGCUCUAAUAGAGAGGUGAGAGCAGAGACCUGGAGAGCACUUGAGGAGCUCUAUAAAGAGGGAGUGUGCCGCGCUAUUGGGGUGAGCAACUUUAUGGUCCACCAUCUGCAGGGGUUAAAGGAAGACUGUAGCAUUGUGCCACAUGUUAAUCAAGUGGAGUACCAUCCGUUCCAGCAACCCAGUGAGCUGAUGGAGUACUGCCGCCAGGAGGGCAUCGUGUUUGAAGGGUACAGCCCCUUGGCCAAGGGUCAAGUCCUCAGCCACCCCACUGUUCUCCAGCUUGCGCAAAAGUACGGCCGCACACCUGCACAAAUCUGCAUCCGCUGGAGCGUACAGAACGGCGUUGUCACAAUCCCCAAGACAACUAAAAAAGAGAGGGUGCAGGAAAACUGUCAACUCCAUUUUACAUACGGGGGCCGUACACAUCUGUACGCAUCUGCCACCUUUGCCGUACGACGACAACAACAAAGAACAAGAAGGAUCUGCGCAACAACGGCAGAUCUGGGAACGGGGAGGAAUCGCCAUGACCAGCAGGUGUGGGCGGGGCUGAUGCUGCAUUAACCAAUCAAAUCUUCCCAUUGUUCACCUGGAAAAUAUGAAUUAUUUCAAUAAAUUAUCAGCCAGAAACAUCAGGAUACAAUCUGCAAAUAUGUUGUCGUUGCAAAACCGUCUUAUCAAACAACUUUUUUUUUUUUACAUUUUGAUUUAUUUGAUUUUUAAGCCGAAUCUUGCCGUUAUUUCAGAGUGCAAUAACCACAACCGCAUCACUGGCCAAUAAACUAACGCCCCACAUUAU